AUGUGGUCUAAACGACCCUUUAAUCGAACAACACGACGUCAGAUUAGCAACCCCAUACCGGCCGAGGCACUGGGGCCGGCUCCUGCGGAUCAUGCGCCGGACAAGCCUGCAAAGGAUUUGCCUGUGCUGCCAUAUGACUUGGACUCGACCUUGCACAGCCAGCCUAGCCACCCAAUCGUCUUACCAUAUUCGCGCGAUGGUGGAGACAAGAGAUAUUCGGCUGUAUCGCCUUUGGCAUCGCCAGUAGGAUCUGGGAAACGCGGUAGCGGAAGUAGCAGCUUCUCCGUCUCGCCGAUCGACGAUAACGAUCAACUGCCCCGCCACGAGCGCAACGACUCUCGGGCCUCUGCGUCUGCAUCCCACCGUUCGCUGAGUGCUUCCCAUUCGCUUGAAGUCUUACACCCCACAGCGAAGACCGUUCAGUUCACGCCCAGUCACGACGACUUCUCGGGCGAGCCCAGCCAGCCUGGAAAGACAAUACUAGUCAACCCGCAAAAUACAAGCUCCCACAAGGCCUCCGCACCACACACCUCCAAUCUUCUCCACUGGGGACGGGAACAACUCUACCCCAAAAAGAAGCUCACCCAGGCCCGCAACCGAAUCGGUAGUUCUUCGAAGAACGAGCCGCCACAGCCAGAGUCCAGAAGUCGGUCAUCAUCACGCGUGUUCCCACUUGGAGAGCAUUCCAAUCAUUCAGGCUCUAUCCACGGAGAAAGUAACUUAUCUACGCUGGGCUUUGUUCCAUCUGUCGUGACGACGAUCACCGCUGGCGGUCCAAAGUCAUUGCCAGAGAGACCGGCCCCAGGGAAUCCUUUGGUACCUCCCAAGAGCAGCCGCCGUUAUCUGCCAGAGCCCAAAUUUGACCCAGGACUUGACGAAGAACUUGAAGACAUGAUGCAGCCCGCACAACCAGCUGAGCAGUUCGGCGUUGUCAACACCGUUGCCGGAGAUGGCAUCACGCUUGAAGCCCCGAUUCCGAAUGAAAGUCCACGCGGCAGCCUCAACUUCGAGAACGGGUCAACAGAUGACCUCUCUAUCAUGUCGCGACGACGCCCAGUUCCCAAUGCAAAGCCGACUUCGAAGCCGAUAUCCAAAAAGCCUGUACGAAAGCCUACUCCUUCAGAGGCAGGCCGAGCAUCAGUCGUGGCUCAGCCCCCUGUGAAUGACCAACCCAAAGAUGCUCAGAGUCGCAUCGAAUCUCUCGAGGCUCGACGAGAUGAGCUUGCAAAACGCAGAUUCGCCUUGGAGACCGUGAUCAAAGAGUUAACCCGCGUCAUUCAGCCCACCUCUUAUGCAUAUGACCAGGCUGCCAAGGCGGAGGUGAAGAGGAGUGUGCAGAGCAUCGAAAAUGAGAUUGCAGAGAUCAAGAGGGAGGAGCACGAGCUCGGUAUGAAGGUGACUCGGGCCUGGAGACGCUUGGACGAGAAAGAGAACAAUGGCGAUGGCAGUAACCUUUGGGUCAAGCGCGUCACUAGUUAG